AUGACCACCGCAGCGCAGCCCAAUGAACUAGUGUUUGAAUUUGCCAGUAACGGGAUGGAUGAAAUCAACCAGCUGGACGACCCGUCUGUGUUCCCCGCCGUGAUCGUGGAACAGGUGCCCACCACUGAUCUGUUGCAAGUAUACUCUGGCCUGGAGUCGGAUGAGGUGACCAAUGGCAUCAUGAUGGACAAUGCAAUGCAUGUUGUGGAGGCUCCCUCCAUCCUGGUGGGAGGCGUGGACCUCUCAGAAACUGUCUCGGGUGCAGAAGACAGCAUGGAGACAAACGAGGCCGCAGCGGCUCUGCUCAACAUGGAGUCACCAAAUAACAUACUGGAUGAGAAGCGCAUGCUUCACAAUUACAGCGUACUGCUGGAGGCAGACCUAACGUACGCACCCCUAAGACCCGACCACAUGGAGAACGGCGCCCUUGACAUGUCGCUGGACGAGGACACAUCAUCCAUGGACGAGAUCCCCCCGAGGUGUCCCUUGAAGCCGCAGAAAAAAAAUAAAGUGAGGAAGCCUCGGGCAGUGCGCUCCUGCUCCCCCAUCUCCACCCCCAGCCUUCCACUGAGGAAAAAGAGCAAAGAGGGCAAAGGCAACACCAUCUACCUGUGGGAAUUCCUUCUGGCCUUACUGCAGGACAAAAACACCUGUCCCAAAUAUAUCAAGUGGACACAGCGGGAGAAAGGCAUAUUCAAGCUGGUUGACUCCAAGGCUGUCUCUAAGCUUUGGGGCAAACACAAGAACAAGCCCGACAUGAACUAUGAGACCAUGGGACGAGCGCUCAGGUACUACUACCAGCGAGGCAUCCUGGCAAAGGUGGAGGGUCAGCGUUUGGUUUAUCAGUUCAAGGAGAUGCCAGACGACCUGGUGGUGAUCGAGGACGAUGACGACGCCGGGUCCGACUGUCACAACGAGUAUGGACACCAAAGGCCAUCCAACGGGAGGUCUGUGGCGCGAGGGGGCUCCAGAGGGAGGGCUCACCAGCAGGUCAAGCAGGUCAAGAAAGAGCCCAUUGAGCAAAACCUGCAGCGGGAAGUGCAGGGAGGACAAGCGGAACAACUCCUGCAAAUACUGCAGGGUAACCCUGGGACAGACAUCAGGUACAGCUGCACGCCCAUGAACGCUUCUGCUUCGCUCCCAGUUGUCUUGACAUCCUCUGGUUCUCUUCAGCCCCUUCCACUUACCACCGUUCUCCCCAACGGUGACUCCAGUCACUGCUCCGCCCCGGGUGUCCUACUCCAGUCCAUUCCUCCCACCACUACCGUAGCCAAUGAUGUGCUGACAAUCCAGGCUGCCAACGGCCUUCAGGAGGGUCUCCCCCAACAGUUGCUGGUCACCAACCUCGGCCCGUCUGCCAUCUCUUCCUCGUCCGCCACCUGCCCGUCCUCCAUCACACCCGCCUCCAGCCUCCCCCGCCUGCUCACCAUCAACACCACCUGUGGGCAGACCAUGGUGGCACAGCAGCCCGGCACCGUCAUCGCCACCGUGCUGAAAUCGGGCGACUUGUGUGGGUUGCAAGUGAAAGAGGAAAUGAUGGACUCCAGCUAUCUCCAGUCCAUGGUCAACUGCGACCCUACCCUGGCCAACACAUUCGCCAAGGAGGAGAUAGACAUUGGUGAGGCCGAGCUGCAGUACCGGACUGUCAUCAUUGACGCCAGUCACAACUACGGGCAGGAGCCCGCCGGUGAGACGGCCUUCAAUGGACUCCCAUCCCAGAGCGGCAGUCCGUGCGAAGGCCUCACCCCUGUGGAGGAGCUGGAGGUGCGAGGGGAGAUGUCCCUGCAGCCCCAGCAAGCCAUCAAAGGGCUGCAGGAGCUUCCCCUUUCUGUGCAGAUUCCCGCAAACUUUAUCCAGAUAAAGACCGAGCCCGCAGAGGCCUGA